AUGAGCACCUCCACGGCCACCGCCACCACCACCCGCUCGCUGUACCGCCUCCUGUGGCGCUCCCUCGGCCGCCUCGCCUACCUCGACCGACCUCGACUCGCCAACCUGCGCCGCCUGUUGCGUCCUCAGCUCCGCCAAGCUCUCGCAGAACCUGGUGCGACCCACAGCGACCUCCAAGCUCAAACAACCCGCACCCUCACCCUCCUCCGCUCCUCGCCGCGCCUCACCUCCAACCUCGCCUCCCUCUUCUACCACCACUCGCCCCUCGCGAUCCCGCACACCCGCAACACGGCCCGCCUCGCGCACCUCGCGCGCCCCGUCUCGUGGGACCCGCGCGACCCGGGCGCGGCGAGGCGCGCGUUUGAGCGCCGAGAGGCCGACAGGGAGAGGGACGCGGCGGUGAGGGUCGCGAGGGGGGUCGAUGGCGGGCUGAGGAGGGCGUGGGAGGAGGCAGGGAGGGCGGCGGGAGGGGUGUGGCUCGGGAGGGUCGAGCGAGAUAGGUACCGCUGA